GGCGACCCCCUAGCGCAGAAGCGCUCGAGGCCCUACGGCGCUCGCUCGCUCGCUCUGACGGGGAUGCUUCGGAGAGGCCCGACGGAGCAAUGGACUUGGACGAGGCCUUCGGCUUGGUGGGGGAGUUCGGCCCCAGGCAGAAGCAACUCACCGCGUUCCUGGUGCUGCUGCAGGUGUUUGUGGCCUUUCAAUCUAUGCUUAUUGUGCUAGUGGGAGCAGUGCCGGAAUAUCAUCUCGACCUGGAGGAGAUUCAAACUAGUAGGGAGGCUCUAGCAAAACAUGUCAGGUUUACCAGCAACUUCACAUCCAUAGCAACAGAGUGGUAUUUAAUCAGAGAUGAAGCAUAUAAGGUGAGCCUGGCAGCAUCCUUGUACUUUGCUGGGUUGCUUAUUGGAAAUAUAUUAUUUGGUCAACUAUCAGAUAAACUGGGCAGGAAGCCUGUGUAUCUAACAGGUCUUUUCUUAGAUGUCAUUUUUGGGUAUGUUUCAGCAUUUGCUCCAAACUAUGACAUUUUUGCAAUGUCACGCUUUUUCGUUGGAAUUACAAAUGGUGGUAUGUCUCUAGUGUCUUUUGUUUUGACACAAGAAUAUGUAGGAAAAUCCUUUUGGGCGUUGACAGGCUCAUUAACAAAUUUCACAUUUGCAGUUGGCAUAGCGAUUUAUGCAUUAUUGGGUUAUUACAUAAGAGAGUGGCGUUUCCUUGCCUUCGUGUCAAAUUCUCCAGGACUUUUCUUUCUCCUUCUCUCUUUCAUGCUUCCAGAAUCACCAAGAUGGUUAUACUCCCAAGGGAAGACAACAGAAGCAGAGAAUGUGCUACAAUACAUAGCCCUUGGUAAUGGGAAAGAAAGACUGUCUGUGAAACUGAAGCAAUGCACAGGAGCAGUAAAAAAGGAUGAUUCAGCAUCUGGUGUCCGAAGCCUCGUUAAGCAUCCAAUCCUUCGGUGGCGCACUGUCAUCUUGAUGUAUAUUUGGUAUGUGUGCAGCCUUAUCUAUUAUGGCUUAACGCUGAAUGCUGGUGAAUUAGGAGGAAACCUGUAUCUAAAUGUGGCUCUUUCUGGCCUUGUAGAAGUUCCAGCAUUUCCACUCUGCAUGUUCUUCAUUGAAAAACCAUGGUCAGGAAGACGUAAAAGUACAACUGCUUUUUUGAUAUUUUCAGGCCUUGCCUGUAUAUUCACCUUGUUCCUACCAGAAAAUAGAGGUGGAUUUUUAUUCAGUCCCAGCAUCUUAGCUUUAUGUGGGAAAUUGACUGUAAGUGCUGCUUUCAACAUCAUAUAUAUUUACACUUCAGAACUCUACCCAACAGUAGUGAGAAAUGCUGGCUUAGGCGUAUGUUCAAUGACUUGUAGAUUUGGUGGUAUUUUGGCUCCAUUUGUCCCUUCCCUGAAAUCCCUUGGCCCAUCUGUACCAUUUGUGGUCUUUGGAAUCAGUGGAUUGUCAGCUGGUUUUCUUACUCUUCUACUACCAGAAACUCUGAAUAAACCCAUUGCAGAGACCAUUGAAGAUUUGCAGAUACCUACCUACCAAAUACUUAAAAGCAAAAAGGCAGAGUAAAUCAGUUAGAAGAAAGCAAUUAGUGUGCAAAAACCAUAUCUUGGUUGAAAAUGACAACAGUACUUCCUCUGUUGAGGUGUGGUGCCAUCAAGAUUCAACUCUAAAAGUAUUUUGGGAAUCCCAGUACACUCAAUAAUGUGAACUUAAAUUGUGAAUGGGGGGGGGGGCGGGUUAUACACACUCACGAGGAACAAUGAAGGAGUGAAAUAUCUACCUUAAACUGUCACACUCUAUAAACGUUAUAGGGCAUUCAGAAUUACCUGGUGAUUUAUGUCUUUGGUAACAAAAGGAGGACCAGUCCUAUAUUGAUUAGAUGACUUGACUGUGUAAGUGUCAAAUUAUACUGGGGAUUUUUAUGGUAAUCCUAAACAUGCAAGCAAGAGAAAGGUAUUUAAUUGGUGCAUCUGGCUUAUUUAAAUAGGCUCAGGAUAUCCUUAGCACACGCUUCUUAAAGCACCUUCAGAAUGGAGGGUUACAGGUCAGCCUGGAAUAUUUAGGCGUUCUCGAAGCCACCAACAUGAGUCUGACCAAACUGUGGGAGGCAGUGGAAGACAGGAGUGCCUGUCGUGCUCUGGUCCAUGGGGUCAUGAAGAGUCAGACACGACUAAAUGACUAAACAACAACAACUUUUUACACUCUUCAUGAUGCCAAUAUUUUUGUAUUUAUGUUUUAAGAUGAAUGUCCCACAAUAUUUAUAAAGACCAAAGAUGCCUUUUGUUACUGUUUCAAACUGUUGCUGCAAUAUGACUUGUCUGUAGUAAGAAUUGAAUAUAUUGCAGUACCAACCUGCUGUUAGAAACAGUUAAGUGCUCAUUUAGGAAAUGCAGGUUUUUUGUGAAGCAAGUUAUCAAUGACUUUCCAUGUAUCAUGGCAGAAAGUGUUAUAUAUGAUUAUGGGUUGGAUACAAAUAUGCCCAUCCAUCUGCAGAAAGGUUCUCCGCUCAGAAGGGCUGUUAUGUAGCCCACAUCAGUGGCAUAAAGUAUAAAAGUGAAAGUAAAUCCAAAACUGUUCAUCUUUUUGCACAAGAGCUUUUUGCAUAAACUGAAUCAUGAGAAACACCAUAGACCAGGCAUAGGCAAACUCGGCCCUCCAGAUGUUUUGGGACUACAACUCCCAUCAUCCCUAGCUUGCAGGACCAGUGGUCAGGGAUGAUGGGAGUUGUAGUCCCAAAACAUCUGAAGGGCCGAGUCUGCCUAUGCCUGCCCUACUACACUAUAGCAUUGCAUGAGCUGCAAACUGUUUGUAAUGUUGCAUUGCCACUUCUUUUCCUUACGGUUCUUUGAAUCCAGUCCUAACAAGAGUUUUCACAAUAUGACAUCAUACCAAAGGGAUUUCUUUUCAUUUUGCCUUUGAUAUAUGGGACAAUUGAAGGUUAAAAUGGUGUUUUGAUAGCCUGCUAGAAACAAGGCCCACAAUUUAUAGCAUUCAAGCAGACUGCUGUCAGCUGUCAAAUCAUUUGGGUGUCUGGCAAAGACUCAGCUGACAACCAUCUACCUUUACAGUUUAUGAUUUCAGUGUCAACUAUUAAAAUAAAGCAUAGCAAAAUAAUAAUGAUAAAACACCCUUACGAUACCUGGCUUACAAUCCUUUAAAUAUCUAUUAUUUAUUUAAACACCUUGCUUCAGCACUUGGUUAUUAAACUUGAUUGGGUUUGUGGGGCUUUUUAAAUAUACUUCUGCAUAUUUCAUUUUUUAAAGCCCCAAAACAGCAGCCAGAACUUUUUGUCCAUGUCAUUGGGUAAUUCAUUAAUUUAUGAUGGUGUUCAUGUCCAAACAACAGAAAAAAAGAUGGAAGACCCAUUUUUAAUGUGGAGUUUUGCUUAUAAUUAUGGAAAGCUUUAUAAAUCUAUAUUUUUGUAAGAGAAAAUAUAGCUCCUGUGGAAGCAGAAGUGAGUUGCUCCAUCAGCUUACUGACACAUAAUGAAAUAGUUCUCAUGUCUGAUAAAUAAUAAUGUAUCUUUAAUGAGGCUGUUUCAUUCCAAUGAUGUUUCAAAUGGCUAAUAAAAACACAUUUUAAA